AUGCUGGGAGAUCCAACCCACUCAUUCCUCAUCAUGGUGUUCAGCAAAGUCUCUUUCACAUCUGCUUUUGUCUCCCUCUUGGCCUGCGCGGGCGCCCUGGAGGUCCCCAAGACGGACUACGAUGUUAUCGUCGUCGGCGGUGGUCCUGCAGGCUUGAGUGCCCUUAGUGGUGUCUCCCGUGUGCGGAGAACGGCUCUCUUGAUUGAUAGCCAACACUACCGCAAUGACCCAACCCGUGAGAUGCACGAUGUCAUCGGCAAUGAUGGUACUCCACCCGCCGUGUUCAGAGGUCUGGCGCGUGAGCAGAUCUCCAAGUACCCGACGGCGCACUUCGCCAACGAGACUGUGGACCACAUUACCCCCUGGGGUACGGGAGACUACUCUGCCUUCACCGUGACCGACAGCCAAGGCAAGAACUACACCGCGCGCAAGAUCGUGCUCGGAACCGGUGUCAAGGAUGUGCUUCCUUCCACCCCCGGCCUCGAGGAUGGAUGGGGCCAGGGCAUCUUCUGGUGUCCCUGGUGCGAUGGCUACGAGCACCGCGACCAGCCCAUUGGCUUCAUCGGCGACAUCACCGACCAGCUUUCCAACAUUCUGGAGACCCACACCCUCUAUGACGAUGCCAUCGCAUUCGUCAACGGAUCUCAAACACCCGAGGGCGAGGCUCGCGCAACUGCCAAGGUUGCGGACUGGAAGGCUCAACUUGCUGGAUGGAACACCACCAUCGACAACCGCACUAUCAGCUCCAUUGAGCGUCUCCAGGACGGCGGCGACAACCGCCAGGGGGAUAGACAAUUCGACAAGUUCCGCAUUCACUUCACCACUGGCGAGCCCGUUGAGCGUGGUGCCAUCAUGAUCAACGUCCCCACUGUUCAGGCUUCGGUUCUUCCUGCUGAGAUGGGUCUUGAGAUUGUUAGCGACAAGAUCAACGUUACUAGCGCUUUGCGCACUAACGAGCCCGGAGUCUGGGCUGUUGGUGAUGCCAACAGCGAUGGCAGCACCAACGUCCCACACGCCAUGUACACCGGAAAGCGAGCUGGUGUCUAUGUUCACGUGGAAAUGUCGCGCGAGGAAUCUGCCUCUCAGAUCUCCAAGCGUACUGACCUCACUGACGCCCAACUGGAGCACGAAGCCAAGCGCGCCAUUGGUGACGACCUUGAGUCUCUCUGGAAGCGUGCUCAGGGCCUCCAGUAG